AUGUCCAUUUCAGCAUUGGCCUUAUUCGAUCAUGUCAAUGCGCUGUGGGGAAGUUUGUUGGACUUAUGCACGCCUGCAACUUGCCAGUACAUGAGCUAUCCAGGAACAACAAAAGCUUAUUAUAUCGAUGAGCGAGGGAAGAGACACUUGUAUUCCGCACCUCAGUACAUGGACUGCGUAAUGUCUUUUUGCGAGAAGUCAAGCAGAAGUGAGGAGUUGUUCCCCACAAAAUAUGGUAGGUCAACCGAGGAUAAACCGAAGUUACAAGGUAGUGCUUUUCAGGUAACCAGUUUUCGGGUGAUUUUGAGUCCCAUAUUAGACGGGUUAUUCGCUUGUUAUGGCAUUGCUGCGGGCACCUGGCAUCGAAGCAUUGGGAUGAGUUGGGUGAGUCAACUGGAACUGCGACCGCAGUGCGCCUUAGUGAUGGCUCAUCUUGCGAAACUCAGCAAAACAUUCGCGCUUCUUGAUAGUAAAGAUCAGCAACUAAUCAACAACAUGGUGCAGACGAUCCGUCCUUCGAAUGUGGCGUCGCCAGGCCGUGGAGACGACCCAAGCAGUGGUGCAACACAACGAUGGAGUCGUGUCCCAUCGUCCAAAAGUGGAAGUUGGGGUGGUCACCCCACGCCGGCCGUCCUUACGUGUAAACCCUACGCGCAAACGUGUUAG